AUGUGGCGGCAAAGUGCCUCACCGGGGGGCGCGCGAAACCCUCAUUCCAAAUCCCUUCCAUCCUCUCGGACGAAUCGAGUUCCAGAUCGAAAUCUCUCCGAUGACGACGAGGAGUUGGACGAGAUCACUUAUGGUGAUGAUUCUUUGGAGAGCCUCCGAUCUCUUUAUUCUAAUUAUACUAAGAAGAAGCAAGAGAUUUCGUUGGCUGAGAAUGAGAAUGCAAGGCGUGAGCUUGAGAAUGAUAGCUGCGAUCAUCGCAAAUCUUUGUUGAUGGAAGAUCUUGAUCAUGACUCUGGUGAUGAGUCAAUCUCUGACGAGGACAAUAAUGUGCUUUUCAAAUUUUUUGCACACAUCCAGGGGUCACCAAAGGCAAGAGAAAUAAUGAUCAUGAGGCAGAAAGAAAAGAGACAAGAGGUAAAAACUGAAAUUCAUCAUCUAUCAACUCUACAGUACUUUAUUAUUGCAGAGCAGAACAUGUCCAGUCUUCUGAAUUAUGAACUUAGCAACUGUAGUGAACGCACAUUGAGGGAUCUGAGCUUUAGUGAUGGUUUGUUGCAUAUCCGAUCAAUUACAGGAGUGCCUUGA